AUGCCCCCUCAUCUCGCCGGCGCCAACGGCGGCAGCAGCUCUGCCGGUUUCCCCCGAUUCGACGUGGCGACGGACUCAUCGGACCACGCCUACUUGACCCACAACAAGAAGGCCGGGAGCUGCUUCACGAACCUCUCCAGCGGCGUGCACAAGAAGAUUAUGCAGGAGUGGAAGAUCCUGGAGAAGCACCUGCCGGAGACGAUCGCGGUUCGGGUCUACGAGAACCGGAUCGAUCUCAUGACCGCCGCCGUCGUCGGAGCCCAGGGGACGCCGUACCACGACGGCCUCUACUUCUUCGACAUUGGGUUCCCUGUCGACUACCCGAGAUCGCCGCCGUGGGUCCACUACAGGUCGUUCGGGAUGCGGAUCAACCCGAACCUGUACGCCAACGGGCGGGUCUGCCUGAGCCUGAUCAACACAUGGAGCGGCAAGAAGAACGAGAAGUGGAACCCGGCCGAAUCGACGAUUCUCCAGGUUCUGAUCUCGAUUCAGGCCCUGGUGCUGAACGAGAAGCCGUACUACAACGAGCCGGGGGUCGGGUUGUGGCCCGGGAAACCGUUCUGGGACAAGAAAUCGAACGCUUACAGUGAGGAUGCGUUUUUGCUUUCCUGCAAGACGAUGCUGCAUCUGGUGCGGAGGCCGCCGAAGAACUUUGAGGUGUUUGUGGAGUCCCAUUUUAGGGAGAGGGGUUUGGCGAUUCUGUCUGCGAUGGUGGCGUAUAAGAACGGGGAGUGCAGAGUUGGGUACUACGGGAUUGGUGGGUUGUCGUUGGUUCCUGGGAAGGGCGAGCCGUCGGAGAAAUUCAAGGCCGGGAUUAAGCAGCUGAUGCCGCAGCUGGCCGCUGCGUUUGCGAGAACAGGGGCUCCUGUGGGGAAUUUCGUCGAGCAGGUGGCGGGCGAGAAGGUGGCGUCUAAUUCGGUGGAGGGUAAGCAGAACAAAAGGCCGGCCAAGAAGGAGAAGAAAACUGGAGGCGUGAAGAUCCUUUUCGGGAAACUAAAGCAGAUUCUGGGAUUGACGAAAAAGAAGGAGAAGAAGGCUUCUACUUGA